AGGAGACGGGGAGAGCCCGGGCGCAGUGUUUCCCGGGUAGUCACGUGUGCGUGAACGAGGCCAGCGAUCGCCUCGCAGCGUGCUCGAAGAGCCGUCGGUCGGACUUUGAGUUUCAUCCUUCCCGAUUGUGUUUUUCUUUUAUUUUCUUCCCUCCGUCCACGCUCUUCCGCGUCUACUUGGGCGUCGAGUAAAGGAAGCAGGCUCGAGGUCAAAAUGUAUAAGGCAAGGACGAUAUUCAGCACGCUGGCCCCCUUGGCGCCGCGCGUAUGCGGACCGGAGAGAUACGCGUCCUGGGUGGUCCGCAGUCACCCGUUGACCAGGACCAGCCAGGUGAUUUUCACGGAGCCGGCGCGCAGGUACAACAGCCGGGCGGCAACCGAGCCCUUCCUCAACGGCAGCUCCAGCAACUACGUCGAGGAGAUGUAUAACGCGUGGCUGCAAGAUCCCAACAGCGUUCACGUGUCAUGGGAUUCCUUCUUUCGAAACAGCACCGCUGGAGCUGCCCCGGGAUUCGCGUAUCAGGCACCACCCUCCCUCGCUCCAAGUUACAACCAGGUGCCACUCGGAGCGUUGUUGCCCCUAGGCGGCGGGACGCAGCUCGGCCAGGCGCCGGUUAAUGAAAAAAUUAUUGAUGACCACCUUGCGGUGCAGGCUAUUAUUCGUUCUUAUCAGAUCCGUGGCCAUCAUAUCGCUAAAUUGGAUCCACUCGGCAUCAACAGCGCUGAUCUCGAUGAUAGACAUCCGCAAGAAUUACUCUAUACGCAUUAUUCAUUUGGGAAGAGACCACGCACUACUUUCUCGCAGGAACUCCGAUACCGAGUAGCUGUCCUAAUGAAAAAGGAAUCGGACAUGGAUCGUGUUUUCAAAUUGCCAUCCACCACGUUUAUCGGCGGCAAGGAGAAAUCAUUGCCGUUGCGUGAGAUCCUGAAGCGGCUCGAGGCCGCUUACUGCGGUCACAUCGGUGUUGAGUUCAUGUUCAUCAACUCCUUGGAGCAAUGCAAUUGGAUCAGGCAGAAGAUGGAAACGCCCGGAAUUAUGGAAGUAACAAAUGACGAGAAGAGGCUCAUUUUAGCCAGAUUGACACGUGCAACUGGAUUCGAGGCAUUUUUGGCGCGCAAGUGGUCCUCGGAGAAGAGAUUCGGCUUGGAGGGUUGCGAAAUUUUGAUUCCAGCGAUGAAACAAGUGAUUGACAAGUCCACGGAACUAGGAGUCGAGUCGAUUGUCAUGGGUAUGCCACAUCGUGGUCGUCUCAAUGUUCUUGCUAAUGUCUGUCGCAAGCCACUGAGUCAAAUUUUCACGCAAUUUGCUGCGCUCGAAGCCGCUGACGAUGGUUCCGGCGACGUAAAGUAUCAUUUGGGCACGUACAUAGAGCGUCUUAAUCGAGUGACGAACAAGAACAUUCGUCUCGCCGUGGUCGCAAACCCAUCGCAUUUGGAGGCCGUAGAUCCGGUGGUUCAGGGCAAAACACGCGCCGAGCAAUUCUACCGUGGCGACGGCGAGGGCAAAAAAGUCAUGUCCAUUCUUCUUCACGGAGAUGCUGCGUUCUGCGGUCAAGGCAUUGUCUUCGAGACAAUGCAUCUAUCUGACCUGCCUGAUUAUACCACUCACGGUACUAUUCACAUUGUUGUGAAUAAUCAGAUCGGUUUUACUACCGACCCGAGGCAUUCACGAUCGUCACCGUAUUGCACUGAUGUGGCCCGAGUGGUGAACGCACCCAUCUUCCACGUGAAUUCCGACGAUCCCGAGGCCGUGAUGCACGUGUGCAAAGUAGCGGCGGAAUGGAGGGCUACCUUCCACAAGGACGUCGUGAUCGAUUUGGUCUCCUACAGGCGCAACGGUCACAACGAGAUUGACGAGCCGAUGUUCACGCAGCCUCUGAUGUAUCGUAAGAUCAAGAAUACUCUGUCAGCCCUCGACAAGUAUGCCAAUUCGCUCCUUGAGAAUAGUGUUGUCACGCCUGAAGAAGUUAAGGAUGUCAAAGACAAAUACGAGAAGAUCUGCGAGGAGGCAUAUACCAACGCCAGGCAGGAGACGCAUAUUAAGUACAAAGACUGGUUGGAUUCGCCGUGGUCUGGUUUCUUCGAAGGGAAAGACCCGUUGAAGGUCUCACCCACCGGAAUCAAGGAAGACACGCUCGUGCAUAUUGGAAAGAAAUUCUCGUCGCCGCCGCCGAAUGCCGCUGAGUUCGUCAUUCACAAAGGUAUUGAGCGUAUCUUGAAGUCUCGUAUGGAAAUGAUCGAGGCUAGAACCGUCGACUGGGCUCUCGGCGAAGCUAUGGCUUUCGGAUCUCUUCUCAAGGAAGGUAUUCACGUUCGUUUGUCAGGACAGGAUGUGGAGAGAGGCACCUUCUCUCACAGGCAUCAUGUGCUGCAUCAUCAAACUGUUGAUAAAGCGACCUAUAGACCACUCUGCUACCUGUAUCCUGAUCAGGCACCUUACACCGUGUGCAACAGUUCUUUGUCUGAAUUCGGCGUUCUCGGAUUCGAGCUGGGCUAUUCUAUGACGAAUCCUAACGCGUUGGUAUGCUGGGAAGCUCAAUUUGGAGACUUUAACAAUACGGCGCAAUGUAUAAUCGAUCAGUUCAUCAGCAGCGGUCAAGCCAAGUGGGUUAGGCAAUCCGGUCUCGUCAUGCUGCAACCACACGGUCUCGAAGGAAUGGGUCCCGAGCACUCUAGUGCUCGUCUGGAGCGUUUCCUUCAGAUGUCCGCCGAUGAUCCGGAUUACUUCCCGCCGGAGAGCGAGGAGUUCGCGGUCCGGCAGCUGCACGACAGCAACUGGAUUGUCGCCAACUGCAGCACGCCGGCCAACUACUUCCACAUCCUGCGACGGCAAAUCGCGCUGCCGUUCAGGAAACCGUUGAUCCUGAUGACACCGAAGUCGUUGCUCCGCCACCCAGAGGCUAAGUCUAACUUCGACUUGAUGCUGGAGGACACACAGUUCCUCAGAGUGAUACCCGAGGAAGGCCCGGCGGCGCAGAAUCCCAACGGCGUCAAACGAUUACUGUUUUGUUCCGGAAAAGUCUAUUAUGACUUGAAGAAAGCGCGCACGGAACGAAACACGGAUGAUAAAAUCGCGAUCGCAAGAGUGGAACAGAUCUCGCCUUUCCCGUACGAUCUCGUCAAGAAUGAAGCUGCUAAGUAUCCCAAUGCGGAAUUGAUAUGGUCUCAGGAGGAGCCCAAGAACCAAGGCGCAUGGACCUACGUGCAGCCUAGGUUCCACACGGCGCUCAAUGGCACCCGAAACGUAGUUGGCGCGUCAGACACAAGUGGUCAAGGGUGGUUUGCCGGUUUGUUUUCGUCGUCUAAACCGACUAAAACCACAACUGUACCAGAGCCGCAAUCAACAGAAUCAACAGAACCUACUGAACCAAAGCAAAGAACAGUGAGGUACGCUGGACGUCCCACUGCAUCGUCACCCGCCACUGGCAGCAAAAUGCAACACCUCAAGGAACUCAAACAACUGCUCGACGACUCCCUUAACUGUUAAUGAUCCUUAUAGCACUACAUGUAGUACUGAAAGUUAAUUUAUUUUUCUUAUAUCUUAAUGUAUCCACUACAAUUUUGUGUCUUGCUCGACAUACACCACAGAACAGAUAUUACACCGUAGCUGUUUACGAUUUCUUCGCAACGACGACUCCUACGUUUAAGUUCGUAUGCGCGCACGAAUGUUUCACGCUGGCCACUUGAAAUGUAGUAUUUUUUUCUCCCCAGUGAUGCAUGUGUUACACAUGUACACGAUUUCACAGACUGAACUGUGAUAGCUUUCAAUUAAUAUUAAUUUAAUUGAAUAUCGAUUAAUUUAUGAUCUUUUAGCUAUACUUACGCUACUGUGCAGCAAGUUAUUCAUCUACUUGUGUAUUUCAUUCUUUUAUCUACGUAUGAAUUUUAUGCAUUUUUCUCUUUAACAAACGACACGGUUUCGCAUGUAGGUUUGAAUGAUAUGCAUGAUAUACGCGAUUCAAUGAUGAUUUAGAUACAUGUUAGUUCUACAAGUAUAUAUAUUUAAACGAAUAUAAAAGAAACUUGCUAGUCCAUUGAUCUACAUGAAACAUUCGUGCGUCCGUUGUCCUCUGUACUUCAAUCCGUUCGUACUUUAUUCUAAAUUAAUUUUGCGAGGUCGGUAAGCUUACAAAAAAAGGGAAAGUAUUAUUAAUUUAUGCAAUGUUACGCAGUGCGUACAUUUUAACGUGUAGCAACAGUCCUGUAGUACACUCCGGGCCGAAGAAACUGUCCAUGGUAAAAGGUUACUGAGUACAUGGCAAGUUUUUUUUCUAGUAAUUUAUUUAUACGCCAUAAGACGGUUGCCAAUCACUUUAACUUUUUAUCGUUGCUGUAUUUUAUAAAAAAUUAAAUGAUUGGCGGAUUACGCAGCGCGUUCUCGACGCGAAAGUAGUGUGACGUAGCACUAAAUCCUUCGAGUUUAGUCUCGCCUCGGCCUCGGUUGUGCUGACACGACGUUAAAAGUGCCAGUAAAUAAAAGUGCGUCAAACUCCAAUCUUCGAUUUGAGUUUGAACUUGAAUUCGCGUGUCACGACCGAGGUUCUUAGUGCUACUCCAUGGACGGUGUCGACGGAUGCAGCUCAUUAUCAGUAAAGAGUGUUGCGAGUAGAAGAUAAAUUCGUAAUACUUAAUAGCGUUUAAUCUAAUUAAUUUUAAUAAUAAUAAUUUAGCCGGGAAAGAGCCGCGUGGCUCACGUGGGUCGCGCGCGUAGUGUAGCAAAGGUGCGUAGUAUUUAAUAUUCUUCUAUCUGUACCGUUUGAAAGAUGGGACGCACGAACGAAGAAAUUUUUGAGAAGCUACACCAUCCUUGCGCUGAUCGGAAAAGAGCGUUGUACGUAAAUAUUCGUUUUGUAUUGUCAGAAAGCGGGUCGGCGUCAUCGCCGAGAGCAGUGUCGUUAUUUCGCUCGAUGCGAUACGAAACGAUAGUUGUGUGAUAUCUCUAUCGAUAGCACGAUAUUAUUGUUAGAGCCAGUUUCACAAACGUUGGUUAACUGUUAACUAGAGUUCAGUCAACUCCCUAUCUUUUUCUAUCUUAUUAUAUAAAAAGAGACAGAGAAUCAAUUAACCUUCGGUUAGCAGUUAACCGACGUUUGUAAAACUCGCCCUUAGACAGUUCGACAAAAGCCACCAGUACCUACCUUGUUCCUAUCCGUUGUAUCGUGCGCGUAUUUAUAAUACAAUGAUACCGGCGCACGUGUGUGCUUAAAAAGAAAAUUUUCUGUCAAACAAAAUAGUGCUUAAAAAGUUUCAUUUAGCAAACACCGCUGAUAUUACGCCCGAUAUUGUAGUAUCUUAUUGCUGAAUUAAAUUGUCUCAUCGUC